AUGAGGCAACCAGAAGAGAUUAGGAAACGAAAACUCAAGGCAAGACCCGUGCCCUGCAUCGCCAUCCCCACCAGAGCCUUUCCCCUCCCCGUCCCUCCCCCUCUCGCCGUCCCGCUCCCACCUCCCCCCUCCGCCUCCGCCUCCUCCUCAUCCCCCUCUCUCCCUCUCUCUUCUUCUCUCUCCUCAUUCCCUCUCUCUGCAAUAGCAAAUGACAAUAAUACUCCUCGUCACUCUGACCUCGUCCGCCUGCGCUUCUUGGGCAGCGGCGCCUCCGGCAAUGUGCACCUCGUGCGCCACCUCCCCUCCUCCCAGCUCUUCGCCCUCAAGACGCUGCCCCUCUCCCUACAGGACGACGCCGCGCGUCACAAUCUCCAACGCGAGAUUCAGAUCCUCUGCCAAGCCCAUCACCCCCACGUAGUACGAUGCCACGGCCUCUACGAAAUCAACGCCGAGGCUCAAAUCCUCCUUGAGUUCAUGGACGGUGGAUCCCUCAGCUCCAAGAUACUCAACGAAACCCAGAUCGCCCUUGUUUUUCGUCAAGUUUUGCUUGGCCUCGAGUACCUACACAAGCGGCGUAUCGUGCAUCGAGAUCUUAAGCCCGCUAAUCUCCUGAUCAACUCACUUGAUCAAGUGAAGAUCGCGGAUUUUGGGGUUAGCCGAAUUUUAAGCAGGACCAUUGAUCCUUGCAAUUCAUCGGUUGGAACCAUCGCUUACAUGAGUCCAGAGAGAAUUGACACGGAUCGCAACCAGGGGGGUUACGAUGGAUACGCAGGUGAUGUAUGGGGAGUUGGGGUCAGUGCUUUGGAGAUGUUUAUGGGGAGAUACCCGUUUUUGCCCCCCGGUAAAAGGCCCGAUUUCGGGACUUUAAUAUGGGCCAUAUGCGGGGAUGAGGCACCUGCUAUGCUUAUUCCCCAAGAGGCAACACCGCAAUUCAGGAGCUUUCUUGAGGCUUGUUUGCAGAAGGAUGCGAGGAAAAGGCCCACGGUUUCACACUUGUUAUCUCACCAAUUUGUGGCUCCACGAUAG